CAGUCACAAUUUAGUGAAUUUUGUGCCAGCAUUUAUUCAGGGAGAAUUAAACCAGAUGCAAAUCAGUUACAUAUGUGCGGAAAAAGACUAAAAUUAUCCUGCAUACAUAUGAUGCGGCGAAAAUAGUCGUUAACAUAAAAUACCCUAAAUAUGGACAGCAUUAAAAAAGUAACGUUUAUCAACAUAAAUUUAUUUGUAUUUCAAUGAUUGAUUAAUGCAUCACGUUAAUUUUUGCUGUUCAUUUAAAAGACACUUAAAUUUAAUUACUCUGGCAGCCCUGUCCUUAACAUUGCAAUUUACAUCUUCCGGCGAAUAUAGCUGUUAACCUAACAUGUCCUAAAAAUGGCCAGAGUACAAAACAAACUACUGUCGGUGUGUUUAUUUACAUAUCAAAAAGGAAGUCGAUGUGAAUGUUAUUACCUGUAAAUCGACUGGCAGACAACUGCAACGCGAGUAAUCACAGCACAACCAAUGCAUAAUGAGACUAUAUCCGUAUUUAGUUGCCGUCUGCUGCAUCCACGUGCUUUAUGCCUGUAAUCAUUGGGUGCUCAACGAUGAGCAAAUUGUCCAAAAAUUGGAUUCGCCCUUCUUUAUGCGUGAGCCUCAUAAUUUGAUUGCCUUUCUGGAGCAGAUACGCUACAAUGAGUACGUGGAGCGUAGCUACUUAGAGCUGUUGCGUAAACGUGAGCAAAUUGUUGAACAUUUACGCUUUUCCAUGCGCUUCGGCGAGGAUCUGGCCGAGCAGGCUAAAUGCGCCAUGGACUACUAUCUGCUAGAGAAGCGCAUGUCUUAUCUGAAGAUAACACCGGAUCAGCUAAAGCGCAUCAAUUUGCCGGAGCACCGUGAGUUACAGCAACACAUGCCACACGGCGGCUUCAAAAGUAAAUCCAAUCGUGAUCAGGAGCCAAUUUGCAAAAACUAUCAAGAGUUGGGCGUGGGUCCAGCGACAUAUGACCAUUUGGAUAGCUUCCAGCCGGAGGUGCUGGAGUCCGCAUACGUAGAGCGGGAGCAUGAUACGAACAUUGGCCAAGCCACCGUUGAGCUGACGCGUCGCUUUGCUCUAGAGGGUCUACAAAGGCAGCCCGAUUCAUGGAAAUUCCAUACUCUUAGCUCCUACUAUUGGCGGAUGCGUGGCAAUGCGUUGCAGGCGUUGCCCUGCGCGCGCCUUGCAGUUAUGUUAGCUCCACCCGAACACAAAGACAUUCCACUCCUAAGUCUCGGCACCAUUCUCUUUCGCAUGGGCCGACUGGCCGAUGCAGAUCUGAUAUUGAGUGCGGCGGUGGAGCACGCACCGCUCGUGGCUGAGAAUCAUGUGGUGUUGGCAUCGGCACUGGCCAUGAAACAUGAUUUCAAUCGUUCGCAGUUCCAUUUCGAUGAGGCGGAACGUCUGGAUCCAAGCACCCUGCCACGCACACAGCAAGUACGGAAUUUCAUCACCUGCUUGGAGAAUCUCACAAAGAAGACAUCGAAAAUGUACAGCUAUGUAAAGUACAUGAAGAACGAGCUGAAGGAGUUCAAGAAGCUGAAGCAACGUAUUUUCCAAAGCCACGAGCGAUUAGUCCAACAGCAAUUGCCACUGGGCGCACGCCGCUUCCUCGAUUCGCGGGCCAACAACGAGGAUUUGCACCGGCGGGGACAAUAUUGCAGUACCCGGACACCGAAUGGUUCCGAUGAGCCGGUGCUCUUCUGUGACUUCUACUCCGACAUGCAGAUGCGCUUGGAGAGCAAGGACAUUGACAUCGAGGUGCUCGAGCGCGAUCUGAUGGCCAGCACGGAAAGUGUCAUUCGCCAAGUCUCCACCGAAAUACGCAAGCAAUUCAAUUUGGAGCAGCUGAAGGCAGCCAAGGCACAAAUGCCCGCAAAAGCUACAAAGUCUACGUAGUUGGAGUCGGAGACAUCCAAGCUCUUGCUUUCCCUCUCUUCCAUUUGCAUUCCAUAAAAGCGAAAAGGAGGGCAAAAAACUUUUCAUGUAAAAUAGCUUUUAAAAUGUUUAUCAUUCACUCGUUUCGCAUGCUCUUUAAGUGUAAAUACCUAAUAUAUACUAAAUUUAAAUACCUAAUUUAUAUACUAUUUGAUAAGUAGAUAUUGCUAGAUAAGAUUACAUAUACAUUUGUGCACAUACAUAUAAACGUACAUACAUAUAUACAAAAUAUGUCAUAUUUUUAUAUAACUAUCCAUUUGUAUAUAUUUUAUUAAUUUUUGCCUGCCUCAAACUUAUUUUUAAGCCAAGUUUUUAACUUUCGAUUCGUAAACUUUGUUGUAUUUCUUCAGAAUUUUAGU